AUGGACGCCGUCACGGCCGUGCAGGAGAAGCCCUCCCUGACUGAGGUUGAGGAUGCGAAGAACAAGGUCGUCGUCGAGGUCUCGCACUAUGAGCCACUGACGGAAGAAGAGAAGGCGUUGGAUCGUCGGGUGAACUUCAAGUUGGACUUUAUCCUGCUCCUAAUUCUGGCCAUCGGGUUUAUUCUGCUCGGCAUCGAUAAGACAAAUGUCGGUUUUGUUGCAACGAGUACCUUCAUUGAAGACGCAAACUUGCAUCCGAAUGACAUUCCCAACUCGCUGUCGCUGUUCUCCGCCACAUACGUCCCUCUCCAACCUAUUUCAGCCAUGAUCGGCCGCUACGUCGGACCCAAGUGGUGGGUAUGCACCCUCAUGAUUACCUGGGGCAGUAUCUGCGUUGCCCAUGUUGGCGUCAACAGCACGCCUACCUUCCUAGCCCUUCGUCUCCUUCUCGGUGUUGGAGAAUCCGGAUUCACUCCGACAGCGUACUACUACAUGUCGCUCUUCUACCCGAAGUUCUCGCUUGGCUUCCGCAUGGGUCUGUUCUCCGGCAUGUACUCGGUCGCCGGAGCAUUUGCUGGUCUACUCGCCUACGGCUUGUUGCAUCUUGAGUCGCCGGUACUACAUGGCUGGCAAACAGUGUUCCUGUUUGAAGGCGCCUUGACGGUCUUCAUCGCCAUCCUUGGCCUGCUUGUCCUCCCGACUACACCAGGUAAAGCUUGGUUCUUGACGCCCGAGGAGCGAGCCCACGCCGUGAAACGCAUGGAGCGCGAUGAUGCCCGCGCCGGAGAGGCAGAGGAAGACGAAUCGAAAAUCACGACUCGUGAUGUCCUCGACGUACUCAAAGACUGGAAGAAACUGCUCAUUGUCGUUUUCAACAUCCUUUCUGUCUUGCCGGUAACCGCAUUCACAACCUUCCUCCCCAUGAUCGUCGAAGGCAUGGGCUACGAAGGCGUAAAAGCCACGCUGAUGGCCGUGCCCCCCUUCAUCGUCGGCACCGCCGGUCUGAUCGCGAUCGUCUACUCCUCCGACAAGCUCAAAGAACGCUCCCUGCACACCGUGUUCGGCAUGUCCCUCGGCCUAAUCGGCUGCGUCGUAAUGGCAACAUCGCACAACGAGAAACUCCGCUACGGCUUCGCGCACGUUUGUCUCGCCGGUGUAUUCGCCGGUGGGCCACUGGUCGCUGUGUGGUUGGCAUCUAAUACACCCUCCAAGGCAUCGAGGUCCGUGAUCCUCGGUAUAAACGGCUGGAGUAACCUCGCCGGUGUCAUUGCGGGGCAAUUGUUCAAGAGUAAGUAUGCGCCUGGGUAUAAGUACCCGCUUAUUGUUACGAUGGUGCUUAUUGCGGUGGGGAUGGGUGGGUUUGUUGCUAUGAGGGGCGUUUAUAUGUGGGAGAAUCGAAGACGGAAGAGGAUUAUGGCGGCUUGGGAUGGGGCAGAUUUUGAGGAGGAGCGAGGCAGGAGUCAUAGGAGGGGAGAUCAGAAGGUUACGUGGGUUUAUGCUUAUUGA